ACGUGUUGGAGGGAGCAGGGCAGGGAUGUGGGUCAGAUGUGGGUGCGCGUGUGUGGGGUGUGGAGACACACAGGGUGGGGGUGUCGGUGGCUGGGGGAGUCCCACACAGGUCCCAUCCGUGCCUCCUGCCCACUCCCUCCUCUGCAGAUGGGGGCGGCCGCUGGGCCCCGAGGAGACGCUGAGGCUGCUGGAGGCUUCCGUGGUGCACCAGGAAGGAGCCCUGCUGUCGCUGAGCAAGCCGCCUGGCCUGUCCGUCCAGGGGUGUUCCGGGGAGCUGAGCCUGGUGGCCCUGCUGCCAGCACUGAGACGACGCCUGGGCCUCCCUGCAGAGCUCCACGUGGUGAAGGCUCCCACCAGGGAGUGUUCUGGCCUCGUCCUCCUGUCCAGCUGCCACCGCACCACAGAGCAGCUCCAGCAGUUCUUCAGCAAAGCUCGCCGGAGAGGCCAGUACCCUGCCACAUACUGCGCUGUCACCGUGGGAGUCCCGGCGGAGGCAGAGGGAGAGAUCCGUGCCGGGCUGCGCUGGCAGCAGCAGGGUGACACUGCCAUGGUGGUGCCGGUGCCAGUGCCGGGGCGCCGCAGCCUGGCCAGGAAGGAGGUAAAGAACACCCUGACACGUUACCGAGUGCUGGGUGCCGCAGGGGGCUGCGCCCUUCUCCAGCUCCAGCCCAAAACAGCAUUCCCAGAACAGCUUCCGGUGCACCUGACGCUGCUGCUGUGCCCUGCCCUGGGCGACCACAAGCACUCAUCCUGCGUUGGUAGGGUGCUGGGGGUGCCCUUCCUCCUGCCCCCCGAGGCUGCCCCAGCCCGCACACAGGUGCUGGAUGAGGAGCUGAUGGCACGGCUGGGGCUCUCCGCACAGCGGCUCCGCCGCCUCCCACUCCACAUCCACCUGCAGCGGCUGGAGCUGCCCCAGGGUCCACUCUGUGCCCCCUUGCCACCCCCUUUCCUGCACACCCUGCGCUGCUUGGGGCUGCCAGAGCCCUAGCACCUGCGGGGGGACCCUUGCCCCACUACCCUCUGCCAUCCGAUUAAAUCCCCACCUGCCGUGGGUGGCUCAGUGCCCGUUUCUUU